AUGAUAGUCGAAAACACACAAUUCAGCUUGAACCCUCGAAAAGGAAUGUACGAGGUGAUCUGGGACCUGGUAAAUUUAUUGACGCACAAGAAUUUGGAUUUUUUAGCGGCAGUUUGUCAUCUGAUAGUCGUUAUUGCUUCGUUCGAUAAGAAUUCAAAAAUAAUGGUCGAAAAUUUGGCAAAACUCGUAUCUACUGAGCACACGAACUUUCGUCAGAGACAAUACGUUCCUCUUGCGCUCAGCGGAUUAUCCGAAGACCCCUUAAAUUGUGUAAGGAUUGAGGCGUUAGGAUUCCUUCCGUUUUUAAAAAAAUGUAUACAUUCGGAUAAUCCUGAUACGGCCAUGGCUGCUGUUAACUGUUUGAGCAACGUAAGGAAAGCAAGCGCAGCUAUAGGCCAAUUUCAAGAGUGCACGACGCAGCAUUGA